AUCCAAGGCUCGAUCUCACAGCCCUGAGAUCAUGACCUGAGUCAAAACCAGGAGUCGGGACACUCAACCGACUGAGACACCCAGGUGCCUCUGUACCAUUUCUUUUUUAAAUUAGAUAGGGCAUAUCCCCAUUUUUUAGUGUUACUUGUAGUCAUAACCUUUAUUUUAAAGGUUUUAUAUUGUAAAUAUUUGACUUGAUACAAAAUUUUUGUGCAGGAUAAAAGAUGUACAGUCUUAGUUCAUCAUUGAAUGUACAGGAGAAUAACUGCAAGGAAGUGGAUAGGUAGUGCUUUUUUUUUCCUUUUGAAAUUACUGCUAAAUGUGCCAGGAAAUUGACACAAAACCAAAUCCAAGGACUUACACAGAUGCUACAGUUCAAUUUUAGUUACAAGAGUGAAGAAAUCUUUAACAAAUUCUUAUACAGUCCAUUUUGUAUUUUCUUCAUGAAAUGGUAACUAGAUACCUAAUCAGAGUUUGUUCUUAUAUUGGGGCAGUUGGGAGGAAUUGAAUGUUGAUCCUAGUCACUUCUAUGGUAAAACUAAGCUUUAUUUCAUUUACACUUAAUGUGUGCAUUAGGAAAAUUUCAUAGUAGGGAAGAAUUAUGUUUAUAUACAGAUACAAAAUGUCUAAACUCAUCUUUUAUGAACAAAGGCUGACAAAGGAGGGUUGGGCUGAGAAACAGUAUCCUGAAUACUACAGAAAUGAGGAAAAGAGGCAGUGGGUACAGAGAACUCUGUUCUGCUCAGAGAUCCCUAAAGAAUCCCUGUCCCCUCCCCCUACCUCCUGCCAGAAUGUUGGGUUUCAAAGAAUGAGCAGAUCAACGGAUAUCAGGAGUAGUGUGGCCUAGGCUGAGAAUAAGGAUACUUAAGGCAAAUUAUGAGUUAUAGUACUGUCUGAAUCACUACAGCCUGCUUACGUGGCAUAUCUGUGAAUGUAAAGGGAACUUAACCAAGGAACAUUAGAGCUUCUGCUGCUGGAAGGAAGUCGUACGGUAAGGGAACCACCAAAGGCCAAGAGCAAUAGAAAUACAGCCCCAAAGUCUGUAUUACUCAAGAGCUGCACAGCAGCCACCACUUAGGGAGAAAGCCUAGAUCUGGGGCUAAUACCUGACUCUCCAAGUCUCAGCAUGCCAUGGAGAGCUGUUGCUGUGGGACAUAGGCCACACAGCAUCAACUGAUUCACAAAUGGCCAUGUCAAUGGUAGCCUCUUUGAGACACUCUGCCUCUAUACUGCCUUUGCUAUGGAAAAACCGAGGGGCCUUGAAAGAGGGUAAGAUAACGUUUCAGACUUGGGCUCCGCGAAAGAGGGACUUCAGGCCGGGGCCAGUGCCGGAAUCUUCAUAUGUUAGACUGGGGAUUGUGUUGCUGUUGGUGAUUUUCCUGCCAAGCUUGUACUGUAACCUGGGAUCUGUAGAUUACACUUUCUAUGAAAUAGUCAUCCCCAAGAAGCUGACUGUCCAUGAAAGGGACACCCCAGUGAAAGAUACAUCCUAUACGCUAUUAAUGCAGGGCCAGAAACAGGUGAUUCACCUGAAGGUGAAGAGAGACUAUUUUGUGAAGAACUUUCCAGUCUUCAGCUACCGCAAUGGUGUCCUGGGGCAAGGAAUGCCUUUCAUCUCACAUGACUGUCACUAUGAAGGCUACAUAGAAGGAGUCCCAGGCUCUUUUGUUUCUCUCAACACCUGUUCAGGCCUCAGGGGCUUCCUGAUUAAGGAGGGGAAACCCUAUGGCAUUGAGCCCAUGGACACUUCAAAACGGUUUGAACAUGUGUUGUAUACCGUGGCACACCAAGCUCGAGUCUCCUGUAGUGUCACUUCCAAAGGCAGCCAAGCCGUGUCCACCAGCCGGUUUGGACAGUGUUAUAAACGGAACUUGAGAGGCCGAACUCUGAUGAUGUUAAAACAUAGGGGUGUUGACCUUGCCCCAUGA